AUGGCGGAGGCAAGGGCUUCGCCAGCGUCCCGGGAGGUACCUCGAAGGGAGCGGGUGCAGGCAAUCCCUUCGGCGGCGGUGGCGAUACCUUCCCACCGCAGAGCCAGGCUCCUCGGCCUCCUGGCCCGGGCCCCUUUGGCUCCUCCUCCGGAAGCAAAGGUGGCUUCGGCGGUCCUCCUGCAAGUGGCUUCGGUGGCCCACCUUCUAGCGGUGGCUUCGGGAGCCAAGCACCGGGAGGCUUCGGCGGUGGCAAAGGCCCAGCCGCUGGGAAUCCAUUCGGCGGCCAGGCUCCUGGAGGCUAUGGAGGCCCCCCGACGGGCGGCUUCGACAAAGGUGGCGGGCCGAAAGGUGGCUGGGAUGCUCAGAAGGGAGGAGGGCCUCCGCCUGGAGCUGGAGGUUUCGGCAAGGGCGGCGGUGCUGGAAAUCCCUUCGGGGCCGCCCCUGGUCCUGGGGGCCCUGCUGGCUUCCAGAGCCAACCUCCUGGUGGCUUCGGAAGCCAACCUCCUGGUGGCUUCGGAAGCCAGCCGCCGGGUGGCUUCGGAAGCCAGCCGCCGGGAGGCUUCGGAAGCCAGCCGCCGGGAGGAGGUUUCGGAGGUGCACCGAAGGGCGGCUUCGGCAAAGGCCCAGCCGGACCUUUCGGUGGUGGUGGUGGAGGUGGAGGCUAUGGCGGCUGGCCGAGCUAAGGCCUUCGGAGGGGGGGGGGGCCAGGCCGAGACUUGGUGGCGCCGCCCGCGUUUGAGCAGAGACCGCGCCAAGAGCUUUCGGCAGCGCCUGCAGUCCAGUGAACCCAGGGUUGCUCCAGGCGCAAUCCACCAUGAAGUGCCUGUAGAAUAG